AUGUGUGCUGAGAAGGAGAGACUGGAAAUUUCAGGGCCUUUAUUGCUGCUGCAAUUAUGGUCUUGGUCCCGUUUGCCACUUGGUCGUCCUAAAGUUAUUUUUGAGAAGCCGAAAGGAGAGGAACCUGAUGAAGAGGUAGAUGAAGAAGUACAUUUGGAUUAUAAUCCUAUUUUUGGAGCAAAGUGGUGUGCUGCACAUGCGUUUGAUGUCCCUCAUAAUGCUGGUACUGAAUAUUAUUGGAAUCAGAUUGAUUUGAUUCGAGAAGGUGCAGUUCAUUGGCAACCAUAUGAUGAUCUUCUGGAGCAGAUGCCCAUCCAAGUUCAUGAUGAUUCUGAUUGGUGGUUUUCUAGAGUACCACUCAUGCAUUUUUGGAUUGUGGAGUUUCACUAUCCAGAUAGGGUUAUGCGGCAAUUUGGAUUAAGACAGUGCAUUCCACCUUCUGUUCCACGUGGUGAGGCAGAGGUUCGGAGACUGCGAAAAAUUAAGCAUUAUGCAGGAAAAUCGCAUAACUGGGAGAAAUUCCAUACCAAUUAUGUUCAAGAAUAUGAUCGGAUUCAAGCAAGUGUGUUGCCAGAGGAAAUUCCCUUCGAUAUAGCUAGUUUACCUGAUUACAGACAUUGGUUCCAACAAAAUGGUAUGUACACAGUAUUCUUCGAUUCUCAGUGCUUGGGCAGCCCAGAUAAACCUAUUCCAUAUCCUCGAGAUAGCAUUGAAUGGACUGGCUACAUGCCUAGUGGUCCGCCACUAGCUUGA